UUGGUUAUGGCUAUGGUUAUUGUCUAAAUUUGUGAGCGACGGACUAAACGGUCUCCUCCAUGCAGCGCGAGGUUAGCGAGGUGAAACUCUGAGGGCCAUCCAUUGCAAGCAACAAUUCAUCCUCCAUUUGUCACAUUGUCAAUAAUCGUAUCUCCAUAAGUCCAGCAGUGUUUUGUCCCCACAUGCCAUCAAUGUUCAAAGUGGUCGUACAUCUCUGAGAGGCUUAUAUUGAACACAUGCAGCAGCUACAGCCACACUUUCAAUGCCCUCAUUAAUUUGUCCAUCUAGUACACAUACAUAACAUACAUACAUAGUCACACCCCUUUCUCACCUAGACACACACUUACACUGCACUUUUUCACCAUUCUUUUUCUAACUCCUCAAUCUCCUUUCACUGCCACUCAUACAUGGCUUCCUUCACCACCUCCUGAUGCUGUAAAAUGGGAAGAACUCCUUGCUGCAGUCACGAGCAACUCAGAAAAGGUGCCUGGACUGUUCAAGAAGACCAGAAACUCAUUGCUUACAUUCAGAAACAUGGCACUGGAAGCUGGCGUACCCUUCCUCAGAAAGCUGGUCUUCAGAGAUGUGGAAAGAGUUGCAGGCUGAGAUGGUUUAACUACCUCAGACCAGACAUUAAGAGAGGAAAAUUGAGUCCGGAAGAAGAGCAGAAGAUUAUAAAACUUCAGGCUGUUCUUGGCAACAGGUGGUCAAGCAUUGCAAAGCAUUUACCAAUGCGAACUGAUAACGAAAUCAAAAACUAUUGGAACUCGUAUCUGAAAAGGCACUAUGAAAAGAAUGAUGCGUAUCCAUCGAGUUCAAAACCAAUUAGCACUGCUAGUUCCACAGAAUCAAAAUCCAGUGACUUGUGCAUGGUUCCAUCAAAGGAAACUGAUUGCCAUGGCCCAAAUGCCACUCCACACCAAUCUAAUCAGUCCAAAUUACCAAAGACAAUGUUAUCCUCAACUCAGCUUCUCAACAGAGUUGCUAGUAAAAUUCUUUCAUCUGGGUACCUAGAAGCAAUAAAAUCAUAUCAACAUGUUGUUGCUGGGAAAAGCAACGGUGAUAAUAGUGUGGUUAAAACCGGAAUUGAAGUAGAAAAGGAGGGUAACAGAGACCCCCUUGUGCCUAAUUUGACCUCAUCAAAUCAUUCAGUAACUUGUUCUGCUCAGCUACUGAACAAGAUGGCUACUUCACUCCCUCAUAAAGUUCACGGUCUUGAAUCUGCAAAAGCUGUUUUUUCAAAAUUACUGGAAAGCAGUGAAAAAGGAGACAGUGGUAGUGAUGGUAGCUUUAUUAGCAGUGAUCAAAUUGGAGAGUGUUUGAAUGCUCUAAGCCCUUUUGAGGAUGGACCGCACAUAACGAACGUGGUUGGGUCCCCUUCUAGUCCUUCCCUCAUAUUCAAUCAAGUGACCACACCCUCAUGCUUUUCAGACAAUGAAGAUAAUUGGCAAAACGUUUCAUCUAACUACGUUUCAUUCAGACAUUGUGCUCCAACUGCUGCUGAAUGCAGUGUUUCUGAACUCAACUUGGGUGAGUCUUCUAGUUCAACGUCAUGUUUCCUGUUUGAAAAUACUGAUCUCGGAAUCUGUGAUGAUGAAAUAAGCAAGUACAUUCAGUAUUUGUAAGAAAAAAAUAAAUUACUGAACACCCAAUGCAAAUCGAGGAAGGGAACAGAAAGAAAUAAUUUAUUGAUGAUAUAUGGAGAUUUUUCUGCAGAGGUGUUGUGUUUAUCAGAGGUAUCUAUGUAUCAUCUCUGUGUGUUUUGUAAUAAGAAAUUUUAUUUUUCCUUUCUGAAA